GUUCUGAAGUGAUCUCUGGUGUACUGGCUGUAAUUAGGUCUUUGUUUCAGGGCAUUUAGUGUGUUACUUUCAGGAAAAGCCAGUUUUCAGUUUGUCUUCAUUGUGUGCAUCUGUCAUAAUUCUGCUUUCUUUCCACCCUGUCUCUGCAGCUGCUCGUUGCAGUUUGUUACAUUGACACCUGUUAACACAGUUACGGUUAGUUGUCAGAGUUUGAAUGAUAAACUUUCUGCAUGGAGUUUUAUCCCUGAAGGUACUCUAGUGAGAACUCCACUGUAGAAAGCCUCUGACUUGCAGAAGUAGACUUGUUCAAAUGCAGUUAUUUUAAAAAAUCUGUUUCUGUUUCACUAUUGGCAUUACAAAGGCUUUGGCACACUUUACAUCUCUCUCUUCAGCCAUGUCCACUCAGGGUCAAAUGGAGUGACAAAGUAUAUCGUGCUAUAACUGCUUAGCAGCAGUGGAAAAAAAAAAAGUAUAUAUAUGCAACGCAUGAGUGUGUGUACAUGUGUAUCUGUGUAUGCUCACCUGCAGUUUUUAUGGCAUAGUGCCUGGAUUUCUGCUCUGAGGAAGCUAGAGUAAAGGAUUUGGAUUUUGUGUCUUUGCAACUUUCAAUGUGUCUGAAAAAAAAAAAAAGAGGGAUUUUGGUAUUGCUGUCCUGUGCAGCUUCUGUUGUUUGUCAGUUGUUUCAAAUCAAUCUGCUGUAGAGGUAGGAGAUGAGCAGUGCUGUGAUGCUGCAGUGCAUUUCUGUGCUGGGUCGUGUUGCUGUGCUCCCUGUGAAGAGUCAGCAGAAAUAGCUGUGUUCUUGGAGACAGCUUGUUGGUGUGUAGGGUGAGAUGUUCAUGGCUCAGCUCUGCUAGAACGUGUAGAUCCACUGUGUGUUUGACAUUGAUUCUGCAUUAUCAUUUCGUCAUUCCAUUCGUACCGCAUUUUACAAGUGUUGUGAAGUAGAGGCUCUCUCCAAAGUGAAGUAGAGGCUCUCUCCAAAGUGAAGCAGGCAGAAGAAAUAUUUCAGGCAGCGUAAUCUUGUCUUUAAGAUGAUCACAGUAUCAAUUCUGCAGUGUUAACUCCAAGGUUAGAUUUGUGUGUUUGCUGUUUGCCCAGUCAACAAGUAAAGCCCAGAGCUUGGCUUUCAGACCUAGUGUGAUGACAUGGGGGGAUAAAGCUGCUGGUGUCGUCUCUGGAGCAUCAUGCCUCAGGUGGGGGGUACUGCAGAGCCCACUGCAGGCUGCCUGUCAGCCACAUUGCUUGAUCUCUGAAACCGUGGCUUUGAAGUGGAGAAGCAAGGGUCCUUCUAAGAAGUGAAGCUGAACUGUUAUGCAGAAUUCAGUAAGAUUCUUAUCUGUAUCGUAACCAGCCUUGUGAACAAGUUGAAACCUCACGUUGUUGCACUGUGUAAGCACUGCUGUAAGCUGUGCCAGGAGUGCUCCCUUGUUAUGGCAGGAUAAGAGGUGAAGGUAGAAUCAGCAAAACCUGAGUGCUUCUCUGUUACUUUGAAUGGCAGCAAGCAUCGAGUUGCUUCUGUGAAACUUAGGACAGGUGCUAUUGCGUAUACCACCAGAGUUUUAGUUAGACCAGGGUAUGACAGGAAGCUCAGGGAUUGCCUGAUGCAUGGGUGAUGGGCAGCCUUCGUUGUGUUUGGACUGCAGGACUUUGUAGCUCUUGAGCACUGGGCUUACUCUACAGUUAAACAGUAUAUUGGGCAAGUGCCCUUUUCAGGCUGCUGUGUGCGUAUGGGAGUAAUGGCAGUCGAUGGGAGUCGGGGGGCACUGCUUGAUUGGCCGCUUCAGAGACGCACUCGUCUUGUGAAGGCAGUGGGAAGUGGUUCUGUGGCAUGUGUGACACAGAGUGCUUUGUGGGAACUCCACGACCGUUCAGCAAUUAUGCGGUUGCCUUGAGUUGCUGGGAAUUGAGCUCAGUAACCUGGGUGGUUUCCUUCUGUCUCAUCGCAUCAUUUUUACUUCUUAUUGGUAUGAGUCUUAAAGGUUGGUUUAUAUGUGUUGCCCUUUUAUUGGUAUUGUGCUUACAUGUGAAUUUGCUUUGUUUACGUGCAUGUUUGUAGCCAGCUUGUACUGUUGUGCCACAGUCUUGGUGAGCCCACCAGUUGGAAUUGCCAGGCUUACUUCUGUUUCAGAUAUAUGUUUUAAUGAGAUCAGGGGUGAGUUACAUGCAUUAUAUUUGCACCUGAAUACAUUGAUUGUAUGUCAAAAUCCAGUCAGUCUUCAUGAUCGGAAGGAGAAUUUCAGAUAAAGGUAGCACUGACAUCCCAGGCUGGGAAGGAGGAAGAGAUGAGCAGUUUUAGUGGAAAGCCUGACAUUCUGCCUUCUAAAAUAUAAAAACCUCUCCUUACUUUUAGUUGCAGCUAUCCUGCAAAGAAUGAUAUAGGAUAGUCUUCCUUUCUAAAGUGACAUGCAUUUCCAGUGUCCUCUCAGAGUGCAAACUGUGUGCAUGUGGCUGAACAGGGAAAGCCUGUACCAUCAGUCUGCACCUCAGCAGCAGCAGUUCGUGGUUAGCCUUGCUGCACUUCUUGUGUGACUGUGAGGUCCCUGUUAGCUGCCCGCAGCCUGUGGUGUUUGGGGCAGAGGGACUGUGUGUGGUACCGCAGGAGAAGCGGCAUUUCCGUCUGCGUGGGUUAUUCUUGUUAGCUGCAGAUGGUGUAUUCUGGGCUAUGGGCUUGAGCAUCUGGUGCACGAUGUUUAAAAGGAACAGUCUGAAGUUAUUUUAGAAGUCAAAAAAUGCUUUAUUUCUUUUAACGACAGAACAUCUAGGGGUUAAUCGUGGGGGGUUUAACAGUUGCUUAGGGCAGCCAAGUGCUGCUUUUCUGUCAGCAAUGUAGCUCCCUGAAAACGCAGUGAAGUUCAAAGGUAGGGAAGGAUGAUCUCUGGAUUCCAACUCUCCUUUUGUAUGCAUCUGUAAAAGAAUCUCACAUAAACUUCAUUGAAUCGUGCAUUUCCUUUUGAUGUUAUAUUUGGGGAUGUAGGCUUUUCAAUACAGCCGUCUUUAGAAACCUGCCUUAGAGUGGAUGGGUAAAUGAACUGCCUUAUUGAACGCUGUACUCCAGAGAAGUGGCUGCUGUGCUGGCUCAUCUGACUGCUGGAGAAUAGCUAGCUAAUCCUGAGGGCUUGACAGGGAGGGUGUGAAUACCAUUUGCUCCUUUAAAUAGCAGUCAGGGGAAAAAAAAGCAGCAUCGUUUGCUGUAUUUUUUUAAUUUUUUUUUAAAAGAUACACAGUAGAAAGGAAAAGCUUCUGGAUGUUCCUUAUUUCAUGAAUUUGCUAAGUAUGGUUAGGAGAAGAUGAACUCAGAAUAUACUUGUCCGAAGAGAUGCAGGGAGCAGAAUUUUGGAUUUCCUUGUUCAUCCCAAGGCUGUGAAUGUUUCCUCUGUGUGUAUAUGCAGUGUUACUUUGCUUUGAUUGCUUACUUUUCAGACUGUGUUGAAAAGAAACAAGAAGUGAGGAUUUUGGCCAGGAAUAUAUAAGUAGCAUUUCUGAGACAGUCUAGGUAUUUUUUACUUUAUUCCAUAUCCCUUUUAUUUAGUUUACAGGAGAUAUUUCCAUACUAAUGGAAUAUGCUCUUUUAGUUUGGUGUUCGCACUUGUUUCAGUUACAAGAAAAGUAUGUUAGAAAAGGUGUGUUGAGGAGCUGGGUUCUGGCCUGAUAGCAACUAGUUCUGUCUUAGCCCAGUUUGGAUCUGAGUUGUUGCUUUCCAGUAUUUCAUAAGUAACCAUAUGAGUACUUGGCUCUGGAAUGGUCCAUUUAUACCAGAUCCCUUCAGAGGAUUGUGAUGUUCUGCGCUGGUGUGUGUGUUUCUUCAUUGGUGACCUUUCUGCUUGUCAUACAUAGAAAAUUCUGGUCUGCUCCAAAGCCAUUCUUCUGGGCUGAAUUCUUUACACACUGUAAGAGGCUGUCAUUAAUGAUUCUUCAUUCUCUGCCGUCAGAAGUUAUAUGUGAACUUUUACACGGUGGUGAUGACAGAUCUUGGUGAAAUAUUCACCAACUGUUCAAUUUAAUAUAGUAUAAUAUCAGAAAGGAGGAAAUCUUGCAGUGCUUGGGCUCUAAAAGCAAAUUGGAAUUUACUGUAGGUGUAAAAUAGUUUCAGAUUCAGUUGCUUAUGUGUUCCUAGAGAAUGGAAUGAAUUGAAUGAAUUCUGUCUCAAAAAUGCUUAUUUCUGUGUGAAUCCCUUUCUGAAGAGAAGAUUUACUUCUGGUUUUUGUUUGUUUGUUUUUGUGUGUUUUGGGUGCUUUUUUUUUUUCGGGGGGAGGAGAGGGGUUUGGAAGUUGAGAGUAGUGUCAGGCUUUCUUCUCCUCACUUCGAGAAUUACUCUUCAAAGUUGAAAGGGUUCUCCUGGAGGUUACUACCAUGAGUCAUUUCUCAUUGAACAAAGUAAAGUAGUUACAAAUCUCCUGAAGUGGUCAAUGAGAAGAGGUUUGCUGAGAGGUUUCUGGGAAAUUCCAGCUCACAUGGAGAUUAAGAGGUUGGGCUUUCUGCACCCACCUAGAAGCAGAAGUGUUUUCAGCAUCUGAUUUUCAAGUCCGUGCCCUGAAGGCACAUACUAGGGCUUUGCUGCUAGGGGAACACUCAGACCUUGUUGAUAGCACAAUUGAUACAUGGCAGGCAAAGGCUCAGGGGAUUUGAUGAUCUAUCUGAAGUCCUUGUCAGUUCAGCUUAAAGUGGAUGUGCCUUUCUGCACUUCUUGUCAUGUUUUUUCUGCUUUUCAACUUACUCCUUUUAGUAAGUGUUUACAUACAAUGCUGACUGGUUAUUCACAGCUUCCUAUUUGUUUUUUCCCUGAAUUUACUUCCAUUCUGCAAGUAAUACACGCAGAAUACCAGCGCCGUGUGAGUAGCCAAUACAAACAUAAGGAACGUUUGCCUUUCCAUCACUGGUUUGUGUGUGGCUGAGCUCACUAUUACUAGAAUUGACCAACUUUGGAGCUUGGAGGGGCAGUGUUAUCAGAUGAUGGUGUGGUACCUGAAAAGUGUUUAGGCAAGCUGGUGGACAUGUGCCUGCAGGAGGAAUUGACUGUGACCUUAGCGAUGGUACCUUCUGGAGCAUGUAUGAUCCAUGUGUAGUUUUUCUGUGGAAGCUUGGCUUGCUAUGCUGAUGUUUCUUUUUCUUUUCUGCAAGGAGAAGACUUUAAUCUUUGACGUUGCAAAUCUAGCACUUAACACAAAAAUAAGAUUGUUCCAAAGGCAUAUCUGCCAAAGUAAAUAUUUACUGAGGUGGUUAAAAUGUUACUGUAUUGCAAAUCUAGUGUCAGGAAUGGGUAGUGUGAGUUAAUUUACUCAGAUUCUUAGUGGUGUUCAAUCUCUGAGAAACAAAUAUGCUUCUGUUUUGGGGUGGAAUUGUUGGUGGACCUGUCAUUAUACCCUCCAGUUUUUUUCACCUGCUCAGAGGGCUGCCUGCUGUUUCCCGGGGAGAUCAUGAAACGACGUCGGCUUCCUAGCAGCAGUGAGAAUUCUGACGACAAUGGCAGUCUGUCCACCUGGUCCCAGCAUUCCAGAUCUCACCGUCGGAGGUCUUCAUGUUCCAGACAAGAAGAUAGAAAACCUUCUGAGGUGUUCAGAACGGACCUGAUCACUGCCAUGAAGUUACAUGACUCCUUCCAGCUGAACCCUGAUGAAUACUAUGUGCUGGCAGACCCCUGGAGGCAGGAGUGGGAAAAGGGAGUGCAGGUGCCAGUUAGCCCAGGGACCAUCCCAGAACCAGUAGCCAGGAUUGUGUCUGAGACAAAAGCUGUCACAUUUACACGUCCCCGCAAGUAUAUUUCUUCAUCAGGCACGAAGCCUCCAGAGCUGGGUUAUGUUGACAUUCGCACGUUAGCUGACAGUGUGUGCCGCUACGACCUCAGUGAUGUGGAUGUGGCAUGGCUGCAACUCGCCAAUGAAGAAUUCAAGGAAAUGGGGAUGCCUGAGCUGGAUGAGUACACAAUGGAAAGGGUCAUAGAAGAGUUUGAACAACGAUGCUAUGAUAACAUGAAUCAUGCUAUUGAAACAGAAGAAGGACUCGGGAUUGAAUAUGAUGAAGAUGUUGUCUGUGAUGUCUGUCAGUCUCCAGAUGGAGAAGAUGGCAACGAAAUGGUGUUUUGUGACAAAUGCAAUAUUUGUGUGCACCAGGCCUGUUACGGUAUCCUGAAGGUGCCAGAAGGCAGCUGGCUGUGCAGGACCUGUGCUCUUGGUGUUCAGCCCAAGUGCUUGCUGUGUCCCAAGAAGGGUGGUGCCAUGAAGCCGACCCGCAGCGGCACCAAGUGGGUUCACGUCAGCUGCGCUCUAUGGAUUCCGGAGGUGAGCAUUGGAAGCCCAGAGAAGAUGGAGCCCAUUACCAAGGUUUCUCAUAUUCCCAGCAGUAGAUGGGCAUUGAUAUGCAGCCUUUGUAAUGAAAAAGUUGGUGCUUCCAUACAGUGUUCAGUGAAGAACUGCAGAACAGCCUUUCACGUCACUUGUGCAUUUGACCGUGGCUUGGAGAUGAAGACCAUACUGGCAGAGAACGAUGAGGUGAAAUUUAAGUCAUACUGUCCCAAGCACAGCUCCACCAAGAGAACAGAUGAUGAGACCUUCAAUGACCACCUGUGUCAAGAGAAUGGGAAUGGGAUUCAGGACAGCUCUCUUCCUGCCCACAUGGACCCUUUCCACAGCAUGGAUCAAAACCAGGAGGAAGCCCACAGAGUCAGUCUCCGCAAGCAGAAGCUCCAGCAGCUGGAGGAUGAGUUCUAUACUUUCGUGGAGUCUCUGGAAGUGGCUAAAGCACUGCGGCUGCCUGAGGAGCUGGUGGGAUUCCUUUACCAGUACUGGAAGCUGAAAAGAAAAGCCAACUUCAAUAAGCCAUUGAUCACCCCAAAAAAGGAUGAGGAGGAUAAUCUGGCCAAACGAGAGCAGGAUGUUCUAUUCAGAAGACUACAGCUCUUCACACAUCUACGGCAAGAUCUGGAGCGGGUGCGUAAUCUCACUUAUAUGGUGACUCGACGGGAAAAAAUCAAGAGAUCAGUUUGCAAAGUUCAAGAACAGAUAUUUAACAUCUACGCAAAACAGUUGGAACAAGAAAGAGUUUCAGGUGUGCCUUCAUUCUCCGCAGUGGAAAAUGCAGUGUUGUUCAAUAGUCCAUCUUUGGGUCCCAAUGCCCCUAAGAUAGAGGAUUUGAAAUGGCAUUCAGCAUUCUUCAGGAAACAAAUGGGCACAUCUCUGACACACUCUUUGAAAAAAUCACAUAAAAGAGAUAGAGUAAGUAAUAGCUCUGGGAACAGUAGCAAAUCCACGCUGAGGCAGCCCAGCCAAAGGGGAGAUGGUGCAGCUCCAGGAGGCUUUUUAAAUUUUGACAAGAGCUUUGCAGAAACACGGAUUGUAUCAGCACAGCAGAAAAAUGGCAUAGUUAUGCCAGACCACAGAAAAAGAAGAGACAAUCUUCCACAAUGUGAAGUAAUCAAGACAGAACUAAAGGAAAAAACUAAACAAAACCACAAACCACUGAGACCCACAGAACUCUCUCAGAGGCAAUCAGAAAACAAAAGGGCUGUGAACCACUCCAGUGGUAGGUCUGCACCUGGCACACGAAGGGACAUAGUGCCUAAAUGCAAUGGGGGUCUUGUCAAAAUAAACUCCAAUCAGACAGUAGUUAAAGUGCCUACGACACCCACGAGCCCAGUGAAAAACUGGGGCGGAUUCCGAAUUCCAAAGAAGGGGGAGAGGCAACAGCAAGGUGAGAGUCCAGAGGAGACCUGUCGCCAGAACUCCAGUUACCCCUACCUGGGCGUGGGCAGAGUUUCACCGAAGGAUAGGGCAAAAAGCAAGCCGAAGCCUGACAGUGAGAAUGAUGGGUACGUCCCUGAUGCUGAAAUGAGCGACUCCGAAAGCGAAGUAGCUGAAAAAAAGUGCAGACAGCAGAGGCUCAGCCCAAACAGCACUAUCAGCAGAAGGACGGACAUUAUUAGGAGAAGCAUCCUGGCAUCCUGACCGGCAAUGGGGCACCGUGGUCAGUGGUCACUGCCUACAAACCAACUUCACUUUAUUUAUUGGUGUGAGAGGGGAGAGUUCUUAGACAUGGCUACAGACCGACAAACAGAUAACCCAUUAUUCCUGAGCUGUGUAAACAUGUUUACAUACACUUAAAGCUGGAUUGUUUUGUUCCCCCAGCCCAUUCUGUGACCAGUUUGAAUCUCCUUUAUUUGAAACUUCCCUGAGUAAGCAGAGAAUUGGCAUCACUACUAAAACAGGAUUUGUGAUAAACACUAAAGUAAGUCGCAAAAUCAUCUAGGGGGAUAGGGUGGGUGGUGGAGAAUUAGGCAGCAUCAUCCCUUUUCUCUAAACUGCACUGUUAAAAUUCUCUUUCCUUCCCCUGUUUUCUGAAAAAGCACAAGCUCUUAAUUUAACUAAGUGUGUAUUGAAUCAAAGAUGGUUAUUUAUUUAACCAUAUUGCACUGCUAUUCCCUGCUACAAAAGGUCAGUUGCCUUGGAUGGUGGUAGGUCUUUGUCCUCCCUUUGCAGAAUGUUUGUUGUUGCAUUAGGUUUGAGCACAAGUGGCAGCUUAAAACCCUCUGUAGGCUACAGAGUUGAUGUGUAAGUACAAGUCCGAGAUGUUAAACUGGAAAAAAAAGAAAGGAACAGGUCAGGGUUGCAGCUGCCUUACACCGCAACAGCUUAAAAGUUCUCAGACUAAGUGUGGCUUAGUUCUGAGAGAGGGGCCGGGCUCACAGGUUACUGUGAAUAACCUGUAGAAUAACCCGUCAGCAUUUCAUUACCUGCCUCCUGAACACCUUGACAAUUCAAGCAACAAAAUGCUAAGGCACCAGUCAGUAGGAUUUCCCAAAACCCAGCACAUAUGCACUAAUGGUAACGUAUUGGGAAAGCCCAGCUUAUGACACUAAAGGGUUACCUUAAAAUGGACAUAAAUAUAUAUUUUUAAAUGAAAUGGAGAGGCAAUAAAUUGUGAUUAGCCCUUUACAGUCAAAUGAAGAAAAGUUAUUCUAUUCUGGACUAGAUUUGAUGGAAGAGGGAACUUGUAUGCAUACUUUUUUAAUAAUUGCAAAUGGCAAUAACAAGAAAGCUAUGAGCAAUAAUAUUAACAGUUCAUUAUGAUACUUUUUUUGUAGAGUGCACAUGUAACAGUGGAUUCUUAGGAGCCUGUAAAUUUUGGAAUUCUGCGUAGAUUUAACUUAGGUAUGCACUGGUGAAACAAAGGUUUCAGCUGCAAUGAGUUAGAGAAACACAGGCAUAAAGAACAAGAGCCCAGCCUGCUGUUAACCACACUCACUUGCAUUUUAUUGUUAGACCCUUGCCUCUCGAGCAGGGAAGAUUAUAAAGUACAGUAGAACUCUGCCGUAACUGAGUCUUCCAGAGGAUUCAAUCAGAAAAAGGCUUAUUAACACCCCGUCUUGCUAUGCAAGUUGUAACUACUUAAAUAUUGCAACAGAAUGUAUCCCUGUCGUUUAUGUUUCAAAACUCUGAAGUCUCAACCUUUUGAUAUCUUCUGGGGUGAUGCUGAGGAAAGGAAGUUUGGUUUGACACGGUGUUUUUUUAAAAGACCAUUGCUGGACCCAGGAAUUUGGAUUGACCUCAUGACUUGCACAGAUUGAAGCCCAACAGGGCACUGGUGAAUGUGACAUUACGUAGUUGCUUUUGGGAUCUGUUAAAAUAGAAGUACUGGUGUGAUCAAAAAGCAGCAGACAGACGGAAGGUAACUGCAGGUAGCUCUACCUGACGUACAGCUACACGUUUAAGGCAGGCAUUGUUUCGGUAAGAAGCUCACGACCACGUGGGGAAUUCUUCAAGCCAUAGAUGGAAUAAUCUAAAUUCUGAUUCUAGCGUGUAACCUCGCUCCGGUGUGAAAGAGGUACCUUGUGAAUUUGCACUAUUCCGAUUGCUAAUGUUGUGCAGAAUGAAUGCCUUACCUGUUUUGCUCCCCGAUGUUUAGGUUUAUAAGCUUUCUAAUGUUUCGAGUGACGCUGAACCAAAACCAAAAAGCGCUUCCCCCAUCCCCAUUCCAAGGGCAGUCGGAUGGCUGCAGGAUGGCCAGCUUGGUAGGAUAGCUGUGUCCCCAGCGCUCAGCAGGAGGUGGCAGAGGUACAGCAGUGACCAUACAGCACCCCCGUACUUUGUUGGGAUGGAACCGUUUGCUGAAUGUGUGUUCCUAGGCAUUACCUUUACUUGUGCAGACUGACCGAGAGACCUUUGAUGCGGAUUGACAAAGUGCGUCAGCCCCUGGGCUGGUUGGACUUGUGUCAGUUGCCUGGGACGGCAGCCGUUAGGUUACGAACUCACGCAGAUCUCAGUGAAGGGUUGUUACCAUACGUGUUGUGCAUCAGUCUGAAUUGCGGACGUUGGAACAAAUGGUCGUUAAUUUGUAAAACCGUGUACAGAAGAUUUUUCACUAUGUGCCUGGCUUUGGUGUCCAUUCGGCUGAAAUUAAUCGAGAAGGUGCAUGAAGAGGAGCAGGUAGAAACAAAAAGUAUAUGUAGAGAUGACUAUUUUAUAUUACAUGGCCCAAUCCUGUAUUUAUUUCUCCCCUUUUUUGAAGUAUUUAUAAAGACCUAGUCGAAGACAGCUGUAUUUUUUGUUAAGAUAUUCGGUAGAAUUGUGCCUUUUUGUCCGUACGUGAAUAAAUGCUGUACAUUUUUGCA